GGCAGUUUUGGUCUGGACAACGGUGGUGCUUGCGGUCUCCAGCCAUGGCAGGGCCUGAAUGGCAGUCACUGGAGCAGUGCUUAGAGAAACAUCUGCCGCCUGCAGAAUUGCGGGAGGUGAAACGAAUUCUCUAUGGCAAGGAGACCAGGAAGCUUGACCUGCCCAGCAGGGCUUUUGAAGUUGCCUCCGAAGCAGACUUCGAGCUGCAGGGAUACGCCUUUGAGGCAGCAGCAGAGCAACUGAGGGCACCUCGGAUAGUGCGCGUGGGGCUCGUUCAGAACAGAAUCCCCCUGCCGGCCGAUGCCCCUGUGGCCAAACAGGUCUCUGCCCUUCACAGACGCAUAGAGGCCAUUGUAGAGGUGGCUGCAAUGUGCGGAGUCAAUAUCGUCUGUUUCCAGGAAGCAUGGACUAUGCCCUUUGCUUUCUGCACUCGAGAGAAGCUUCCUUGGACGGAAUUUGCCGAGUCGGCGGAGGACGGGCCCACCACCCGGUUCUGUCAGAAGCUGGCCCAGAAGCACAACAUGGUGAUAGUGUCCCCCAUCCUGGAACGGGAUGGAGUGCACGGGGACGUUCUGUGAAACACAGCCGUGGUGAUCUCCAAUUCCGGGGCGGUCCUGGGCAAGACCAGGAAAAACCACAUCCCCAGGGUGGGCGACUUCAACGAGUCCACUUACUACAUGGAGGGGAACCUGGGCCACCCGGUGUUCCAGACGCCGUUCGGGAAGAUCGCGGUGAACAUCUGCUUCGGGCGGCACCACCCCCUCAACUGGCUCCUGUACAGUGUCAACGGGGCCGAGAUCAUCUUCAACCCCUCGGCCACCAUCGGGACGCUCAGCGAGUCCAUGUGGCCCAUCGAGGCCAGGAACGCCGCCAUUGCCAAUCACUGCUUCACCUGCGCCAUCAACCGCGUGGGCAAGGAGUACUUCCCAAAUGAGUUUACCUCUGGAGACGGGAAGAAAGCCCACCAGGACUUCGGCUACUUUUACGGCUCCAGCUACGUGGCAGCCCCUGACAGCAGCCGCACUCCCGGGCUCUCCCGCAGCAGGGACGGACUGCUGGUUGCUGAGCUCGACCUCAACCUCUGCCGGCAGGUGAAUGACGUCUGGACCUUCAAGAUGACAGGCAGAUAUGAGAUGUAUGCACGGGAGCUUGCCGAAGCCGUCAAACCCAACUACCGCCCCAAUGUCGUGAAGGAGUAGCUGCCCUUCAGCCCCUGCCCACCGUGGAGGGCACCUCUGCCCACAGCAGAUCAGCAGGUGCCACAGGCUUUGCCCUUCCGAGUCUCCCUGAUGACGCCCUGAGAAUGUGGCCGUCCAGACUGAUUUUUAAAUGUCCAGAUGGUGAGGCUGGAAGGAGGACUGGCUGCUUAAUGGGUAUGAGGUUCCUUCUGAGGUGAUGCAAAUGUUUUAAGACGAGAUAGGGGUGAUGGUUACAAGAACUGUGAAUGUCCUCAAGGCCACUGAAUUGUCUUCUUUAAAAUGGUUCACUUUAUGUUAUGUGAGUUGUAACUAUUUUUUUUUAAAUCCUGGGCAAUGUUUGUGCAGGUUGAUUGGAAGUUAGGGAGAUGGGCUGCCCAAGCCCGAGGUCCCUCAUAUCCUUGUUUGGACUCAGCAACCUCAGGGGAAGCGUGGGCGUGUAUGCGCCAGUUGGAGAGGGUGAGGCUGGUCCAGAGUCCUGGACGGCCCCGGGCAGAGGGCAAGUCGCUGGGUGUGUCACCCUGGUUGGUCUGCAGCCUCCAGUUAUUUAAUCAGACGUAAUCUGGGUAUGGCUCUGAAGGUAUUCUGCACCUGUGACUCAGGUCCAUAAUCAGUUAACUAAGCAAGUGAGAUUAUCCUAGAUGAUCCUGGUAGGUCCGAUUUCAUCAGACAGAAGGCCCUGCAAGCUGCCCUGAUGAGAAAAUUCGGCCUGUGGGCUGACAGCAGCUUCAGCCCACUCCUGGGAGUUCCAGCCCACCCUCCCUGGCAGUCUGAUAGAUGUUAGACUUGUCUAUCCGGCUCCCGUAAUCAGUUCAGGCAAUUCCUUGCAAUAAAUCUCUUAGUGUAUCUUC